AACCUCCCAACCUCCAACCCUUUGACUCUCCUUCUCUCUUCACCAUCCUGUUCCUCAUCAUCUCCAGCAGGAUUUAUCCGUGGAGAAAAUUGAAGUUGGAGUGCUCUUACCAGACUGACAGCAUCUUGUUGAUCUUCAAAAUAAGAGCCAUAGCUGAAAGGAAGUCGGACUCGAAAGCACACAUUCCACAAAAGAAGCAGCGUGACUCAGCGUGCCUCAGGUUAAGCUGCGUUGGACGGGUGGAAACGGGCGGAACCCUCCCAGUCAGCUGGAAGUGUGACAGCAUUAGGUCACAUGACCUGGAAGACUAAGCUCAAGAAUUAUUUUGGAUCCCUCAUUGAAUGGUCAGGCGACCAACCCGGAGUCGCUGAUGAACUGACCGACCCUGCCAGACAGCUCCUCUCCUCCUCUGCUCCUAUUCUCCUCCUUCUCCGCCCUAUACUCUCCUCCUCCUCCUCCACCUCCUCCUCCUCGUGUUCCUGUUCCUCCUGUUCCUUCUCCGACCGGCCCGCCUCAUCCUUUACGCCCUGAGAAGACCUGCAAUCCUCCCUUUCGCUCGGAGUGACUGACUAACAGACGGGACAAAACUCCAGUACAGCGUCAGCUGAUGAGCAAGGUAGCGGGAUCCUAGACGUCCUGCUGCCUUCUAGAGCCUCUAGAGCCAUAAGUAUCAGCACAGGGAUUCCGGGAGUCCACCACCUCGACCAACUGGAUGGCAUGUACGUGCCAACUUUAGUCUCUUCCAUCUUUGGGCCCACUGUACCGCCGCCACUGGACAUCCCGCCGGCUUCUCUCUCCCGCUCCCUAACCGGUUGGCUGCCAUACCAUCACUCCUUUCCUUUCCCCGGGGACUUCCUGACUCGUGAGCACGCCCCCGCCUCGCCCCCGCUCCCAACCAUGGAACCCAAAGUCCAGUCUGAGGGCGGCCUCAACGUCACGCUCACCAUACGCCUCCUCAUGCACGGCAAGGAGGUGGGAAGUAUCAUCGGGAAGAAAGGGGAAACGGUGAAGAAAAUGCGUGAGGAGAGUGGUGCCCGCAUCAACAUCUCGGAGGGGAACUGCCCAGAGCGGAUCGUUACCAUCACCGGCCCCACCGACGCCAUCUUCAAGGCUUUCGCCAUGAUCGCCUACAAGUUCGAAGAGGACAUAGUCAACGCCAUGAGCAACAGCCCGGCCACCAGCAAGCCUCCGGUCACGCUGCGCCUGGUGGUUCCAGCCAGCCAGUGCGGCUCCCUCAUCGGCAAGGGAGGCUCCAAGAUCAAAGAGAUGAGAGAGUCCACAGGGGCCCAAGUGCAGGUGGCGGGGGACAUGCUUCCGAACUCCACAGAGCGUGCCGUGACAAUCUCCGGGACUCCCGAAGCAAUCAUCCAGUGUGUCAAGCAGAUAUGUGUCGUCAUGCUGGAGUCCCCACCGAAAGGUGCCACCAUCCCUUACCGCCCAAAGCCCGCCUCCACCCCCGUCAUUUUUUCAGGUGGCCAGGUAAGAGCCGACCCGCUGGCCGCCUCCGCUGCCAACCUCAGCCUUUUACUGCAGCACCAGCCACUGCCUGCCUACACAAUUCAGGGACAAUAUGCCAUUCCUCACCCCGAUCAGCUGAGCAAGCUUCACCAGUUGGCUAUGCAGCAAACCCCCUUUACCCCCCUCGGACAGACUACCCCUGCUUUCCCUGGUCUGGAUGCCAGUCCACCGGCCAGUACUCAUGAACUCUCCAUACCCAAUGAUCUAAUAGGCUGCAUAAUCGGGCGCCAGGGAACCAAGAUCAACGAGAUUCGUCAGAUGUCUGGAGCGCAGAUAAAAAUCGCUAACGCCAUGGAAGGGUCAUCAGAGCGCCAGAUAACCAUCACUGGAACCCCCGCCAACAUCAGCCUCGCCCAGUACCUCAUUAACGCAAGGUUCAGAGACGUGGCAGCAAUGUGGAACGAUCCCACCUCCAUGACUACAUCCUGAAGCCCCACACACUGGUCUCAUUGUCAGAAGCAAACAGCAGCUGCCCUCCUAUGCCCUACCACCCCACCCCAUCUCCCCUUCCCCAUCCACGACCCCCUUUCCCUAUACUCUUAAUACAUCCUCCCCAGAUACCUGUUGUACUCCCACCUUCCCUUUAGACACCGUUAGCUCUCCCUUUCCCUCACUUUAUAGUGUACCUUCAGCAGUAGCAUUGCUUGUAUGGGUAGGCUAUUGCUCAAGAUUAAAAAAAGACAUAUAAAUUGUGGUUUGAUUUUGUUAAUGUUAAUGUAGAGUAAUUAAGUAUAGUGUUUCAGCAUGUUGAAUGCUUAGGAUCAAGCUGUAUUAUAAAUUAUUAUUUUGUCCUUUUGUUUUUGUUUUCUUUUACUGCUAGCUUAGUUGAGAAAAAAAUGGUUGCUGAAUAAGUCUUGUAGUUUCUUGUCAGGAAAGCAUAAAAAUGUACAAAAAAUGUAAAACGUAUAUA